CUUUCUUCUCUCGUGUACAUUUCAUCAUCACACUUCUCUGAUUUUAGAGUAGAUAGUUUUUGAAUGAAUAUUUUCAAGACCAAAAACAAUAAUAUUAUAUAGUAAUAGAUUGUACCAAAACCGAAAUGUUGGUUUUUGUUGCAGCCUGUUUUGUUCUAUUGAACAUAUUGGCUCUUAUAAUUGUUUAUAUUUAUGGAAAACAUGUGAGAACUAUUAGUAAAGCUACGCAUCUGCCAGGCUAUUCACAUUUCCACUAUUUUACCUUACGAUUUUUCAACAGGCCCUAUUUUUCAAAUAUUUCCAAUAUUGAUUUGUAUCAUAACGAAGAUGCUAGUAAUAAUCAAAUACCUCCAACUCCCAAUAAUAUUCCUUCCCAAAAUUAUGAUCCUGCAAAUGUUCAACCAAAUAAUUACCAUCCAUCAUCUCCGACCUCAUCAUCUGAUAGUAGUAGUACAAGUAGUAACGAAGAAGAUGAUUCACCUCUUUUUAAAUAUCAAAAACAUAGUUAUCAAUUUAAUCCUGAUGAAGGUGUUGUUAUCUACAAUAAUGAUGCCAAUAAGCCAAGUUUAACACGAGCUAUGAGUUCUACUUCUUUUCUUAACAGCUUGCAAAAUAAGUACAAAAGAAGACAAAAUAAUAUGGCUACAUUCCUUUCAAUGGAAGAUCCAAGUUAUCAAUCUUGCUCUUGUUAUUGGUGCAAGAUUUGGAUGACAAAAUUGCUGAAUGAUUGUGUGGGAUAUUAUCCCUGCAAGAAUUGUAAAUUUGCUUGGGACUAUCAACAAAAAUUGGACAAUGUGUUCCUCUUUCCAAAAUAUCAAAUAUUGAAAUCUCAAAUGUUUGGUUGUAGUAUGUGGAGACUUAGUUUAUUUCUUGAUAAUUAUUUAAUAACUAGUGAUUCCAAUACAUAUUUUGAGAUUGUUAAUAAUCCAAAACUCAAACAUAAUUUUAGUGACUGUAGGGAUAGGCAUGUCACUAAUAUGAAUCUAAUCUCUACCAAAUUUCAUAAUGGAUUAGAAUCAUUGGAUGAAGAAGAUAUUUUAAAUACUUUGGAUCCAAACAACUUUGAGAAAAUUUUGAAUGAAAAUUUAACUCAACUUACUACAUCCUGGAUGGAGUUAUUCAAUGAAGAGGUAACAUCGAGCAUGGAGAGUCUUGUUCUCGAAGAACAAAGACAUUCACAAAAAUUUGUGUCCGUUAAUAUUGAUGAUUACCUCUCUUCAUUGCUUUCUAAUAUUACAGAGGCAGUAUGCAAGCCAGAGUCCCCAGAUAAUUCCACAAAAAUCAGUCCCACAUCGAAUUUGACUAGUUUUGAAUCAUCCAAUCAACAAAAGAAUAUUUUAAUGAAAUUAUUGAAAUCCUGCCUUAGUAGGAGUAUUUCACUACUUCAACCUAAGAGAACACUAUUACCCAUGUUCAAGAGAUCAUCUAAAAACAAGAAAGAAUCAACUAUUAAUCUACCUCUUCCAAUCCCAUCCAUUUGUAAAUUACAACUGCCAGCUAAUAGUAGAGCAUUUUGUGACGGACAAGAACAUGUUUUAUUAUAUGUGACACGAGCUCUUCAUUACUUAUCUCUAAAUCCUGAGUAUCAACAAUUAGUCCAACAAGAAGUUGACGAGAAUUUCUCUCAAAGAGAGGACAAGACUGUCCUAUUCAGAACUUUUAAAUACAAAUUUAAAUAUUGCAACAGAGUUGUGCAAGAAACAUUCAGGUUGGCAGCACCAGUAUUUACAUAUGCAGGUGAAGCUUUGGAAAGUUGUAGAGUUGGAAGUGGAAAACCUCUUCCAAAUACUAGUAGAAGUCAUUACAAUAUUCCAAAGAGUUCAAAACUUCUCAUUCUUUUUAAUUUAUUGAAUUCAGAUAUUAGAGUUUGGGGAAAACAAUCAAAUCAAUUCAAUCCUGAUAGGUUUGAACAACAGAGUGUGGAUUUUCCUUCUUCCAAUACUACAGAUUCUCAAAUUCAUCCUUUUAGGACCUUUAUUCUCAACCAAAAUAGCCUUCAACAACAACAACAACAAACAAGCACUAGUACCAAUAGUAUUGUGAGUAAUAAUAUAAAUAACAAUAACUCUACAAAGUCAAAUAAGAAGGAAUCUAAAACAAAGAGAAAAUCAAAAUCACUACCCAACUCCUCUUAUGAUCAAUUAUCAUCAUCCGAUGAUAAGAAAAAGAGAACAGUUGAAGCAACAGUUUCUCCUUCUGUUUCAUCGGGUGAUUCUGAAGAUCUUCAGGCUAAAAACAAAAAACAAAGAUUAUCAUGGACCAAUGAAUUACAUCAAUCAUUUGUGGAAGCUGUUUCUGUGUUGGGACUUGAUAAUGCUGCCCCUAAAGCAAUCAAGAAUUUAAUGGGUGUUUCUCGUGUAACGACUGAUCAUAUUAAGAGUCACCUUCAAAAGUACAGAUUACAAAUUAAAAAAGGAGAUGAACUGUUGCCUCCUCCAAAAGAAACACCAGAAAUAAAAGAAACAAAAGAGGUAACAGAACCAACACCUCAAGAAACAACUCAGAAAACUGGAAAGAAAAAGAAGAAGAGCACUACAUCUAAUAUUGAAACUUCUCCUGUUAAGGAAGAAACACCUGAAACCGUUAGUGUUAAGAACGUUGAGGUAAUAAGUGAAAAUCUCAAUAACAAUAACCUCAACAACCUCAAUGAAGUUAAACAUCAUACACAACAAUCCAAUAGUAAUUCAAUGGAACAAAGUUGUAGUUCGAGAAGUAAUUCAAUAGGUUUUAAUAAUUGGAAUUUUCACUCAAAUGCCCACUCAAAUUCGAUACCUUCAAUUUAUGAGUUGCAUAAUUCUCAUGUGGAAAAGGAGCAUGAAUCGUCCCUGUUAGAUCAUGGAAUGAAUAACGAUGCCAGUAAUAGUAAUUUUUCAUUUUUGAAAAAGAGUUUUUUGGAUAAUACCAACAGUGGAGGAUCUUUUCUUUUUGAUAAUAGUCAAUCAGGAUUUUUAGUACUUCCAUCACUUUCGAAUUUGGGAGGAGAUGAACCGACAAGUAAUCACCUUCCAGUGUUCGCAGAAAAAGAAGAAAGAACACAAAAUUUACCAUCUUCGUUUGGUUUUAAUGUUAAUUCCAAAUCUUCAUUCCUUUCAGAAUCUACCUCCCAUCCAACCACAACUAAUUUAACUAAUAAUCCACCACCUCCACCACCUCCUCAAAAUCAAAAUGAGCAAUGUAUCUCAUUUACUAAUAGUUCCCUUCAACAUUACUCUUCAAUGCUCGCUGAAAUGUGUAGAACAGAUGAUGAAAUUCGUCAGCUCUUUAUUGAUGCAAAGAAUAACAUCAAAGCUGAUGAACACUUUUUACUUUUACUUCUUGGUUAUAGAUUGGGAGUAAUGUCAGAAAAACGAUCAAAAAAGUAG